AUCGAGGAGUUUUGUAGUGUUCGGACGUUGAAUUUCUCGGCGCGCAUUUUAUUUUCUGUGUUUUUUCCCACUCUUUUGAGUUCUUUUUCUCCCUCCCCACAAAUGCAACAUUAUUUAUACCUUGGCAAUAUUCCUUCACAUUUGAUGGAUUAGCUGGUGGUGAAGUAGAGAGUUUUUCACGACAAGUUUGUGCGAAAAGAAGAAAAUUCUCCUUGGAAGUUCUUUUGGUGUGUUGGAUUCAAGCCGAAAGACGAGAGUUUAAAAAUACACACACACACACACACGCACACACACACACAGUGCCUUGAAAACGAUGAUGUGAUCAGCCCAAGAAGAAGUGCUCCGGAAAUAAAAUUGAUUUCACUUUGAGAAGUAUAUUUUCCAUGGAUUCUGUGUUUGCGGUUUUUGCGCGAAAAAUUGUGUGCUAGAAUUGCCAUCUCUCGCGAGACAUCUUCAGCUUGCGCGACUUCUUUUGCCCUUUUGCGAUAAGCCAACCAGAAGGAGAGUCUCUCGUUCAUAUAGAAGGAGAAAAAGCCAACAGCAUCAUCAUGAUUCAUGUUGGAGACAACACUUGGAAUUUGCGGGUUUUUAUAACCGAUCUGCAAGUGGAGAAGACGCUGAGAGUGCGAGGAGAUUUGCACAUUGGCGGCGUUAUGUUGAAAUUAGUCGAUCCAGAAAACCCCAAGGAUUGGUCCGAUCAUGCCCUUUGGUGGCCGGCAAAGAACACCUGGCUGACCCGAACGCGAUCAACCCUCGAUCAGUGCGGCGUUCAUGCUGACAGCAUUCUGCAUUUCACACCGAUGCACAAAACACUGAGAGUUCAGCUGCCGGACCUGCGCUACCUGGAUUGCCGCGUGGACUACUCGGCGAAGACGUUCAACGCGGUGGUGAAUCUGUGCAAGGAUCUGGGCAUCAGACACCCGGAGGAGCUGUCGCUGCACAAGCCGCUGCAGCCGGGCUACCUGAAGCGCAACUACGCCAGCCUGCCGGCGACGCGCGUGGCGGUGGACCAGAACGGCUACCUGCAGCCGGCGCCGGACACCAACACCUUCAUCCCGACGCACUCGAGCGGGCUGCACGGCAGCAAUGGCAGUCUGGAGGCCAGCCACAACGGCGGCCCCUUCAGCUGCGCCCCCGUCCACCACGCGCCGUCGCCGCCGCGCCAGACGCACGUCACGCCCAUCAGCUCGCCGUCGGGCACGUGGAACCGCGGCCAGAACGGCCACACGGUCCUGCACGAGUCGCUGUCCAGCCUGGGCGAGAUCACGGAGAAUCUGGCGUCCAGUCCCAGGGCGCCGAGCCCGGAGGCGCGCUCGCGCAUCGUGCGGCCGCGCUCGCUGGUGGAGCGCGCCCGGAUGAACGUGGGCUGGCUGGACUCGUCGCUGUCCAUCAUGGAGCAGGGCAUCCGGGAGUUCGACACGCUGUGCCUGCGCUUCAAGUACUACACCUUCUUCGACCUCAACCCCAAGUACGACCAGGUGCGCAUCAAUCAGCUGUACGAGCAGGCGCGGUGGCAGCUGCUGAACGAGGAGAUGGACUGCACGGAGGAGGAGAUGCUCAUGUUUGCCGCGCUGCAGCUCCAAGUGGGCCUCCAGAGCGAGAUCCAGCAGCCGGACUCCGGCAUCGACACUUCCAGUCUGGACAAUGGCGCCGAUGACGACAUCGACGCCGCGCUGAGCGAGCUGCAGAUCACUCUCGAGGGGCCGAACAACAAGAACAACAUCGGCGACAUCACGACGAUACCCGAGCUCACGGACUACCUGCGCUUCAUGAAGCCCAAGAAGUUCGCGCUGAAGUCCUACAAGCGCUACUGGUUCGCCUAUCGGGAUCUCCAUCUGUAUCUGUACAAGAGCCGCGAGGAGGCGAAGGGCGGCGAUGCCGCCAUCAGGAUCAACUUGCGCGGCUGCGAAGUGACGCCGGAAGUCAACCUGGCGCAGGGAAAGUUCAAUAUCAAGCUCGAGGUGCCGCCAGAAUACUCUUCGGGGCCAAACAGCGAAAUGUGGAUCCGGUGUGAGCACGAAGAUCAGUACGCCAAAUGGAUGGCCGCGUGCCGAUUAGCGUCCAAGGGCCGCUCCCUGGCCGACAGUUCAUAUGAGAACGAGGUGUCGAGCAUAAAGUCCUUCCUCAGCAUGCAGAAGCCCGCGCACGCGCCCGCCAUCAGCAUAAAUCCGGACAACAUCGAUCCCGCGGACUACGUGGCGCCGCGCUUCCUCAAGAAGCUCAAGGGCCGGACGGUGAACCGGAUCCUGGAGGCGCAUGCGAACGUGAAGGAUCUGCCGCUGGUGGAGAGCAAGCUGAAGUUCAUUCAGGCGUGGCAGAGUCUGCCCGAGUACGGCGUUACGCUGUUCGUGAUAAAGUUCGACGGGCACAAGAAGGAGGAGCUGCUGGGCGUCGCCAGCAAUCGCAUCAUGAAGAUGGACAUCAAUACGGGUGAUCACUUGAAGACGUGGCGCUACAACACGAUGAAGGCGUGGAACGUGAAUUGGGAGAUCAAGUGCAUGAUGGUGCAGUUCCAGAACGAGAACGUGGUGUUCUCGUGCCUGUCGGCGGACUGCAAAGUCGUGCACGAGUUCAUCGGCGGCUACAUCUUCAUGUCGAUGCGCUCCAAGGACACGAAUCAGACCCUCAACGAGGAGAUGUUCCACAAACUCACCGGCGGUUGGGUGUAAAACGAGGGGGUGGAGAAGCGCGGGCGGGUGGGAUUAACAUCGAAGUGAAACUGUUAAAAACUGUGUAAAUAUACUUUUAACUGUUGAUUCUAUUUACUUACUAAAUCAUUGAUGUAAUUAAUCUACCGUGUCUUAGUUGAUGAUAAGAGAAAACUAAAAAAAAAAACAAGUAAUAAAUUGUGCCUCAAAUUGUUGCAAAGCUCUGCACACAAUUUCUUACAUUAUAUUAUUAUUAUUAUUAUUAUUAUUGAGAGAUCCUUAACGAGUAGCUGAGCAGUUUUAAUGUUGAGAGAAAAGAAGAUGAAGAAAAACCGUGUACGGCAAUAACUGAUUAGAUGUUUCUUAUUAAAGAUUUUAAAAGUAUUCGUUCUCCUAAUAUUGCUCCUCCAAAAUGGCUUCCUUCAACCCCUAAUAAUUGCGCAAUAACGGGCAAAAUCGAGCAACACGAGCAAUCUUGAAAGAAAUUUCUACAACUUAUUGUAUUGUACGAUUUAUGUGUAUAUAAAAUGUUUUAAAAUACCACAA